AACGUACAGAGACCGUCACUUCGGUGAAUCACGUGACGUCCUUGACGUCAUAACAACGCGACAGAAGUGUCUUCGCGCAGAGUGACAGGUAAACUGACACAAACAUGUCUACUGCGAUGAACUUUGGAAACAAAUCAUUCAAACCUCGGCCUCCAGACAAAGGAUCUUUUCCUCUGGAUCAUUUUGGUGAAUGCAAAGAAUUCAAGGAGAAGUUCAUGAAAUGUCUAAAGAACAACAGCUAUGACAACUCCCAGUGUCGGCUGCAGUCCAAAGACUACCUGGAGUGCAGGAUGGAGCAUCAACUGAUGGCCAAGGAACCUCUGGAGAAACUGGGAUUUAAAGACAUAAUGGAUUCUCCUUUGAGCCAAGCAGAGAAAAAUGAUAAACCUUUAAAUUAAAAAGGUUUUAUCAAACCAAGCCAUUGACUGCUAAAGUUAGCUUUGAGCCGACGGGCUCUGUUAGCUUACAACAUAACAUCAGUUGGACUGUGUGAGGAAGAGUAUUAAAAAUAUUUAAUAUUGUAAAUAAGAUACAUUAUCUAUUGUAUUGGUGUACUUUUGACUUAAUAAAUGUUUUAUA